UCAAUAACCGCGUGAAGAAGAAUUGUAUUUUUCGUCUCUGUUUUCACAACCGUCAAUUUUAUAUCCGGAGUAGUAAAAGCUUUGGCGAAUCCAGUGAUGGUGUCUGACGGUAAAGAAGUAGCUUUCAAGUUGUCUGAUUAUUGCGUGCUUAAGAUCGUUCAAGGCGACAUCACAAACUGGUCCGUCGAUGGCUCCUCCGAUGCUAUUGUUAAUCCAGCAAAUGAGCGUAUGUUAGGUGGUAAUGGUGCAGAUGGAGCCAUUCAUGACGCCGCUGGGCCACAGUUGAGAGCAGCAUGUUACGAAGUCCCUGAAGUUAGUCCCGGAGUCCGUUGUCCCACCGGAGAAUCAAGAAUUACGCCGGGUUUCAACUUGCCUGCAUCUCAUGUGAUUCACACGGUUGGACCCAUUUAUAAUGCCGAGAAGAAUCCUAAGAAACUCCUAGAAAGUGCUUACAAGAACAGUCUGAGAGUGGCUAAGGAAAAUAACAUUCGGUACAUUGCAUUUACUGCGAUAUCUUGUGGUAUUUUCAGGUAUCCUUUGGAGGAAGCUGCUUCUAUAGCUAUAUCCACUGUUAAGCAAUUUGGUAAAGAUUUGAAAGAGGUGCAUUUUGUUAUGUUUAACGAAGAAACAUACACGGUGUGGCUGAACAAGGCAAAAGACUUGCCACCUCCACCACAAGGCCGCAACUUCUCCCCUUCGCCGAGAACAACCAAAACUCGAUUCUUCAGUAAUCUCAAUUGUUGCUUCAAAAUGGUUUAAGAGUUUAUGCAACCCCGCCAAAAAUAAGCCAUUCUCUCAUGUAGUAAACUUGUAUCACAAUUAAGGAAAACAAAGCUUUGAGAAAUAAAAUAUGUAAUUGAUGUUU